AUGGCUAAUAAGCGUUAUAAUAACAAUAUAUCAACAAAUGAUGAUAUACAAAAACGAUUAAAACGUACUCAUCAAAUGGUUCCAUCAAGAAAAGGACGUAAAAAUAAUGAAAAAGAUAUUCAAAAUCAAAUCGAACAUAAUGACGACGACGAGGAUGAUGAAGAAUAUGAUAAAAUAAAAGAUUUUCAACGUGAACAAGCUGAUGAAACAUCAUCAACAAAUAAUGUUCUUCGUGAAAUGUCUUUACAAUCAAUGGCUAAUAGUCGUUAUAAUGAAAAUAUAUUAACAAAUAAUGAUAUACAACAACAAUCAAAACAUAGUCAUCAAAUGGUUGUAUCAAGAAAACGACGUGAAAAUAAUGAAAAAGAAAUUCAAGUAAUUUUUAUAUUAUUUUUUUAUAUUAUAAAAAAUUCAAUCUUUAUUUUAGAAUCAAAUCGAAGAUAA